AUGGCGGGGCUGUGCCGGUCCCUGGGCCGGGCUCUGCCGGGCCGGGCCCUUCUGUGCCGGUCCCUGGGCCGGUCCCUGGGCCGGGCUCUGCCGGGCCGGGCCCUUCUGUGCCGGUCCCUGGGCCGGGCUCUGCCGGGCCGGGCCGUUCUGUGCCGGUCCCUGUGCCGGGCGGCGGCGCGGCCCGGGCGCGUCCCCGGGUCCCGGCCCUGGGGCUGGGGGCUGGCACUGGGUCUGGCCGUGGGGGUCCGGCCGCGGGCGGGGGGCGAGGCGGACGGAGGGCGGGAGGAGGAGCCGCCGCCCCCGCGGGGCUUCGGCGCGGCCGUGGAGCGGAGCAGGGACCUGCUGCGGAGGGUCAAGGAUGAAGCAGGAAUCCCAGGUAUAAUAGUUGGAGUUUCUGUGGAUGGAAAGGAAGUCUGGUCAGAAGGUCUGGGCUAUGCUGACGUGGAGAACCGUGUCCUGUGUAAGCCAGAGACCAUCAUGAGAAUAGCCAGCAUUAGCAAGUGUCUCACAAUGAUGGCUGUGGCUAAACUGUGGGAAGAGGGGAAGUUGGAUUUAGAUGCUCCGGUGCAGAAGUAUGUCCCUGAAUUUCCAGAAAAAGUCUACGAGGGUGAAAAGGUCACUAUCACGACAAGACUGUUGGUUUCACACUUGAGUGGGAUUCGUCACUAUGAAAAAGAUAUUGCAAAAGUAAAAGAAGAAAAGGAAAAGGCAAACAGAGCACUGAAGCCAACAAAACCCCAUCAGGAUAAAGAACAAAGAGAAGGCAAAGGGAUUGAAAAGACUGAUUCUGCCAAACCAAGGAAAGAACACGACGGUGAGACGAAAGGCCGGAACUCAAAACCUGGCAGGAGGGAUAAGGAGUUUGAGCAGGAAGAGUAUUAUUUGAAGGAAAAAUUUGAAAGUGUGAUUGAAUCACUGAAGAUAUUUAAAAAUGAUCCUUUAUUCUUUAAACCAGGCAGUCAGUUCUUGUACUCCACAUAUGGCUUUACUCUCUUAAGUGCUGUUGUGGAGAGAGCUUCAGGACAAAAAUUUACAGACUAUAUGCUGAAAAUGUUUCGUGAUCUGGAUAUGCUGUCCACUGUACUGGAUGACAAUGAAGCAAUGAUAUAUAACAGAGCAAGGUGUUAUGUUUACAACAAAAAGGGGCGGCUGGUCAACGCACCCUACGUGGACAACUCCUACAAGUGGGCUGGUGGUGGCUUUCUGUCCUCAGUGGGGGACCUCCUGAAGUUUGGAAAUGCCUUGUUGUACAGUUACCAAGCUGGACAGUUUAAAAGCAGCGUUGGCAAACUUCUGCCCGGGUACCUCAAGCCGGGCACAGUGUCCAUGAUGUGGACCCCGGUGCCAAAAACGGAGGUGUCGUGGGACAGGGAUGGCAAAUACGCCAUGGCUUGGGCUGUGGUGGAGAAGCAGCAGCAGUGUGGCUGCUGCAGGCAGCAGAGACACUAUGCAUCCCACACAGGGGGGGCAGUGGGGGCGAGCAGUGUCCUCCUCAUCCUGCCUGAGGAGCUGGGCCCUGGGCCCGGGGGUGCCCCACCCAGAGGAGUGAUUGUCACCAUUGUCUGUAACAUGCAGUCGGUGUCACUCAACAGCACUGCCUUAAAGAUUGCCAGGGAAUUCGACAAGGAAAAACGGGCACAGUGCACAGACUGAAAACCUGGCAGUGUGUAACAAACUCACUGUGCUGAAACAGGAACAAUAAAGGGAGAAGGUGUAAUUGGGCUCCGAGAUCACUGAGAAUAUGGGAAGAAAAAGCAUCAAAAAUUCACUUAAUUAACCUCUGCUAAUGGUGCUAAGCUUACAUGUAACUGGAAUUCAUCUCUCAGGGACGUUCCUAACUCACAGAAAAGGAGAAUGUAACAGUCAAGUUUGACUUCCUCUAGUACAUGUGUAAGUAUCAUUACAUUAGUAGGUUAUUUUUAUCAACUAGUGAAACACUUGACCAAGAUUUAAAAAAAACUAGCAUUGUUUUUUGCACUAAGUAGUACAAAAACUUAUCUGCCUUUUGAAAAACUUCACACCUUGCUUUGAGCACACAAAGAUGUUAUUUGUUAUUCUCACAGUUCCAGUCUGCCAAAACUGUUCAGUAUUACUUUUUAAAGAAAAAGGGUUUCACUGUUGAUUUUUGUUUUCCCAUAGCACAUUUCUUAUUUGCUUAAAAAAACCCAACAAAACCCAAACCUUGAUGCUACCUCCAGAAUGCAGAUUUAUACCAGAAGCAGGCUUUUGUCAGAGCUGUGGAUUGUUAAGAAUUAGGAAAGAGUGAAGCUAGAGCAAUGUAAGUACAAAUCCUUUUGUUUUUCAGAUGUUCUCUCAUCCAUUUUUAUUGGACAUAGAGACUGUGUGAAAAUAGUUUACUGUGCAAUAAGGGGAUUAUUUCUACAGUCAAAUACACCCACAUGGCACAACAUGGUGAGCUGCCAAACUGUCCCUUUGUUUUUGAAUGAUGCACAUGCUAACUUGGUAGCCAGAAGUGGCACUGUAUUCUGUAAUGUAAAUAUUCGUUUACACACAGGAAUUAGGAACUCAAUAAAAUGUAAAGCCCAUUCUUGAACCAGUAGUAGAAGUUUCACAGACUUUUGAGAGGUUUUUUUGAAAACCAUCCUUUGCUCCAUUUGGAG